AAUAUCCAAAUACAAUCAGACAUGUCUCGCGAAGCAUACCAGGUCCCAACCGUGGCUCCCACGCCCGGUCGCGAUGCUUUCCAGGCUGGCGAUGGCCCCGCUAUCAACUAUCUGUGCGGCGACUGCAACUCCAAGGUCCCGUUGAAGAAGGGCGACCCUAUCCGAUGCAAGGAGUGCGGUCACCGUGUGCUGUACAAGGAGAGAACAAAGAGAAUGGUGCAGUUCGAAGCAAGAUGACGAGGCCGGGGAGAUGGGCGAUUGCGACAAUACCACAAGACAAGGGACCAAAUACCAUCAAGAAUGGAACUGGGGAUGAGCGGGU